UUGAAACUCUCUUCUUCUUCACAGAGCAAAGCAACCUGCAAACAUACGGACGCAGAGAAAUCCAUAGCCGAUCUUCACACUCCAUCGUCGAAGAUGAAUUCAUCUUUCAAAGUCGAAGAGCAGAGCCAACUGCAGAUCGUGGAAAGAGAAGACGUCGACGACGAAGAUGACCUGUUCGAGACAAUCGACAAACUUAUAUCUCAGGGAAUAAAUGCUGGAGAUGUGAAAAAGCUACAGGAUGCAGGAAUCUACACUUGCAGUGGCUUGAUGAUGCAUACAAAGAAGCACCUAACUGGAAUCAAAGGUUUAUCUGAAGCAAAAGUUGACAAGAUAUGUGAAGCAGUUGAAAAGAUAGUGAAUUUUGGUUAUAUUACUGGAAGUGAUGCUCUUAUCAGAAGAAAGUCAGUUGUUCGCAUAACAACUGGAAGCCAAGCCCUCGAUGAGCUUUUAGGCGGUGGUAUUGAAACUCGAGCAAUUACAGAAACAUUUGGUGAAUUUCGGUCUGGAAAAACACAGCUUGCACAUACCCUCUGUGUUUCUACCCAGCUGCCAACUCACAUGAGAGGAGGGAAUGGGAAGGUAGCUUAUAUAGACACAGAAGGAACUUUUCGCCCUGAUCGUAUUGUACCAAUAGCAGAGAGAUUUGGCAUGGAUCCUGGUGCAGUCCUAGAUAAUAUCAUUUAUGCUCGUGCCUAUACUUAUGAACAUCAAUACAACUUGCUUCUUGGUUUGGCUGCCAAAAUGUCUGAAGAACCAUUUAGGUUACUGAUUGUGGAUUCAGUGAUCGCUCUCUUCCGAGUGGAUUUUACUGGAAGAGGAGAACUUGCAGAGCGCCAGCAAAAAUUGGCACAAAUGCUCUCACGUUUAAUUAAGAUAGCCGAGGAGUUUAACGUCGCAGUCUACAUGACCAACCAAGUCGUAGCUGAUCCAGGUGGUGGCGUUUUCAUAUCAGACCCAAAGAAACCUGCAGGUGGGCAUGUUCUGGCUCAUGCUGCCACAAUCAGGUUGAUGUUUAGGAAAGGCAAAGGUGAGCAGCGUGUUUGCAAGGUGUUCGAUGCCCCAAACCUACCUGAAGCUGAAGCUGUUUUUCAGAUAACACCAGGAGGCAUAGCUGAUGCAAAGGACUAGAGAGGUCUCUGCAACCAGAACAAUAAGGCCAGGAGAAGUGCCUUCCUUGGUUAAGCACAAUUUGACAUUAGUUAUAAUAUUGACAGCUUCCUAUA